AUGGGUGUUGUGGUGCGAUAUGUGGACAAGAAUGGAUGUGUUAUGGAACGCUUUCUCGGUGUAGUGCAUGUCAGAGACACGGUUGCAACCUCACUUGAGAAGGCACUUGAUUCUUUGUUAUCUAUGUAUGAUUUAAGUGUAUCUAGUUUGAGAGGACAAGGAUAUGAUGGUGCAAGCAACAUGAGAGGUGAAUUCAAUGGAUUGAAAAGUUUGAUACUCAGGAGAAAUCCCAUUGAAAAGUUUGAUACUCAGGAGAAAUCCCAUCGUUUGUGUAAUGUUGUUGGAGGUUCUUGUAAGCGCAGAGAUAUACUUAGAGAAAAACAGAGAGAGAAUAUUCUAGAAAAGAUUGCACGUGAUGAAAUUACCACCGGGACAGGAUUGAAUCAAGAGAUGUCAUUAAAGAGGCCUGGAGAUACUCGUUGGAGUUCACAUUAUGGUACGCUUAUCAACUUGAUUCAUUUGUUUUCUUCUAUUGCUGAUGUUCUUGAAUAUGUGGGGGGAAUGCAAAUCUUGGGAAUCACACAUGAGCUCUCUCAAGUGCUACAAAAAAAGGAUCAAGAUAUUAUUAACGCAAUGAAUCUUGUCAAAGUAGCAAAAGCACGUUUGCAAAUAAUGAGGGAAGAAGGUUGGGAAGUUUUGCUUACUGAUGUUUCUAAGUUUUGUGACAAAUAUGAGAUAAUUGUGCUUGACAUGGAUAAUGAGUUUGUACCUCGAGGAAGAGUACGUAGAACUCAAAAAAUGAAGAAUCUCCACUAUUAUCGAGUUGAGAUAUUUUGUUCUGUGAUUGACAUGCAAGCUCAAGAGUUAAAUCAUCGUUUUGGUGAAACGGACUUACUUUUAUGUAUGGCAUGUUUCGAUCCUAGAGAUUCAUUUUCUGCAUUUGAUUUGGAGAAGCUGCUUCGCCUUGCUAGUUAUUAUCCAUCAGAAUUUUCUGGAGUUGCUUUGGAUGAGCUUGAAAAUCAACUUCAAAGCUUUAUUUUUGAUAUGCGGAUAGAUGAAAAUUUUUCACAUGUAUCUGGAAUCGGUGGUCUUGCUCAGAAGAUGGUCCCAUUGGUUUAUUUGUUAGUCAAGUUGUCAUUGAUCUUGCCGGUUGCUACUGCCUCAGUGGAAAGAGCAUUUUCAGCAAUGAAAUUCAUCAAGAGUUCUCUACGUAAUAGUAUGGGAGACCAACUGUUACAAGAUUGCUUAGUUCCUUACAUUGAAAAGGAUGUCUUUGUUAAUGUUACUAAUGAAACUAUUAUGCAGCGAUUCCAGAAGAUGAAGAAUAGAAGAGAAAUGUUAUGA